AUGUUCAGGAAAACAUCUGUAAGUUUGCAAAAAAAACGUCUCACCCUAUCCCAUAUUGGUGUUAUUCUUCAUCAUUCCCAUGGUAUUGCUCAGGUGAAUAGCGUAACUGGGAGCAAGAUUCUCAUGAUUCUCAAAGCAAAUAUGAGACAUCCUUUGAUGGUUGUUGCAACAGCAGAUAGAAAUCUUAUAGCAUUCAACUUACGAAACACCCAGGUGGGAUCCAUUAAAGGAAGGGUAGGUGUGCAUCAUCUUGAUGAACAACAAAGUAGUAAAAAUUUCACAUUUAAAUGCGAUAGAGAAGGAAACGAAAUUUAUUUUGUCAAUUCUCUUAACUUCCAUCUUGUUCAUCAAACUUUUGCAACUGCAGGAUCUGAUGGUGCUUUUAACUUUUGGGACAAAGAUAGAAAACAAAGAUUAAAGAGUGAAGACACAAGAAUGUGGAAGAAAUGA